CACAUAAGAGGCGUUUCUUUCUACACAUGACAUUAUGUGACUUUUAAGUGAAAGCAUCUUUUGCAUCGGACACAGUUUAGUUUGAACCCUGAACCGACAAGCUGUCACUGUGUCGUGCAACUCGCUUAUUACGAAUAAUGUCAGACUCAAUCAAAAACGUGGCGAUAUUUGGAUCCACCGGAAUGACCGGGCUGGCGACUCUACCGCUGGCUGUGGCUGCAGGAUACAACGUGACGGUGCUGGUGCGUGACCCUGCCAGGCUGCCUGCCGACCACAAGGCGUCCAGAGUGGUGGUGGGAGACGUGCUUAAUAAAGAGGAUGUGAAGAAGACCAUGGAAGGCCAGGACGCUGUUAUCAUCAUCCUGGGCACCAGGAACGACCUCAGCGCGACCACCAUAAUGUCUGAAGGCACCAAGAACAUUCUUGAAGCCAUGAAGGCUCGUGGAAUCAGCAAAGUGGUCGGCUGCAUGUCAGCCUUUCUGCUGUGGGAUCGCUCCAAAGUGCCGCCCCGUCUGGUUGAAGUGACCGAGGACCAUGAACGGAUGUACGCCGUGCUGAAGUCAUCGGGGCUGGACUACGUGGCCGUCAUGCCUCCUCACAUUGGUGGCGAUCUUCCUCUUACAGAGAGCUACCUGGCGGCGGAGAACAUGCUUAAAGGAAGAGCCAUCUCUAAACACGACCUGGGACACUUCUUCGUCAAGUGUCUUUCCACCUCAGAGUGGGACAGCAAGACUGUCGGAGUGUGGGGAGAGUAUAAAUAAUCACCGCUGAUGCCCUCCGGACAGUGAAGGGGUUUAAAUCUCUUUCUGAUUCUUAAUUUCUACCAAAAAGCACUGAAGAGAAAAUACUUGUUUAUGCUGAGACUUGGAGAUAAAUGAAGAAAUAAUGUCUGUGUGGAUUCAAACUACUAAUGCUUCCCAGCUACUGCUUGUUAUAUUUUUAUAGUAAUUUCUUUUUAGCUGCACAGAGGGUACAUUUUAAAACAAGGGCCAAACCUGUACUGACUCUUUUAGCCGUUUGCAUUUCUGUCUUUUCACAUUAAAAAUCUUGACAUAUUGAAUGUUUAGUUUCCCAGCGUUGAACAUGUCAUCAUGUGAUGCCUUCUGUUGGUGCUCUAAUGUACAGUUGGCCUGUUUUUAUAGCUGUUGGAAAUAAAAGACUUUAUUGUAC